AUGGCUCGCCGAUCUUUCUCCCUCCUCAAAACCCUGACCAAAUCCACCACCUCGUUCUCUCUAGCUCCCAUCCCAACUUCCCGAUCCGUCACCUACAUGCCGCGACCCGGUGACGGAACACCACGGCCAGUCACCCUCAUCCCCGGAGACGGAAUCGGCCCUUUAGUCACCGACGCAGUGGAACAAGUUAUGCACGCGAUGCACGCUCCGGUUUAUUUCGAGAAAUACGAAGUCCACGGCGACAUGAAUCGUAUUCCGCCAGAAGUAAUCGAAUCGAUUAAGAAAAAUAAAGUUUGUCUAAAAGGAGGAUUGAAGACUCCGGUCGGUGGUGGUGUUAGUUCGCUGAAUGUUAUGUUAAGGAAGGAAUUGGAUUUGUAUGCUUCGCUGGUGAAUUGUUUUAAUUUGCCUGGGCUACCGACUCGGCACGAAAAUGUUGAUAUUGUUGUUAUUAGAGAGAAUACUGAAGGGGAAUACGCUGGGCUUGAGCAUGAGGUGGUUCCUGGUGUUGUUGAAAGCCUUAAAGUGAUAACGAAGUUUUGUUCUGAGAGAAUUGCGAAAUACGCAUUUGAGUAUGCUUAUUUGAAUAAUAGGAAGACAGUGACGGCAGUGCAUAAGGCGAAUAUUAUGAAACUUGCGGAUGGGUUAUUUUUGGAGUCUUGCAGAGAGGUCGCGACAAAAUAUCCAAGUAUCAAGUAUAAUGAGAUUAUUGUGGAUAAUUGCUGUAUGCAGCUAGUUUCGAAACCUGAACAAUUUGAUGUAAUGGUUACUCCUAAUCUUUAUGGCAAUCUCGUGGCAAAUACAGCAGCUGGCAUUGCUGGGGGCACUGGUGUCAUGCCAGGAGGUAAUGUGGGAGCUGAUUAUGCCGUUUUUGAGCAAGGUGCUUCAGCUGGAAAUGUAGGAAAAGAAAAAAUGGUGGAACAAAAGAAGGCAAAUCCAGUGGCUUUGCUCCUCUCAUCUGCCAUGAUGUUGAGACACCUCCAGUUUCCUUCAUUUGCUGACAGACUCGAGACUGCAGUGAAGCAUGUAAUAUCUGAGGGGAAGUGUCGAUCCAAAGACCUUGGUGGAGACAGCACCACACAAGAGGUGGUUGACGCUGUCAUUGCAAAUCUGGACUGA